CAUUCACAACCCAGGAAUCAAGACAGCGACGCUGAUGAGUUUCAUUACUGUUUUACUUCUUCUUGAAAAUAAUUAACUUUUUCCUUGUUCCGUUAAAUAACUGCUUUUUUUACCUACUACAUAAUGAUUCCUAUUUGUUUUGGAAAAAAAAUAUCAAAGUACGUCUUUUAUUCACCACUAAUACAAUGUGCCAAAGGUUAAGGGGUUACAACCUUGCUGACAGUAUGCUUGUAACUCUAUAACUUCUCACAUUUAGACAAACCACAGAGAGAGAAAAAAGCUGAGCUCAGCUCUCCUGAUCCCAUGGUCUUGUAACUCAUCACACAAGAAUGAAGAACACUCUCUCUUUUUCAACUUAGUGCUCACAAACGCUUGGCGUUUGUUUUUUGAAUCCUGUUUUUUUUUAUUAUCUACUUUCUUUCUUUUUUAAUAACCCAGGAUUUUUUUUGAAAAAAUGGGCUAUGAAACAAUCCGAGACUAUGACUCCAUUACAUCUUUCCUUGGAUCUUGGGGACCCUUUCAACGCACAAUAUUUUUUACACUGGCCAUCAGCAUGUUCCCGAACGGUUUUACUGGUAUCUACAUAGUAUUCGUUGCUGAUACUCCACCACAUGAAUGCCAUGUCCCUGAAAACCACAACAUCAGUGAGAUGUGGAGAAAUGUGACGAUCCCCAUGGAAACAGUCGAUGGCGUUGCAAAGCGCAGCUCGUGUAGGAGGCUAAACUUGGAAGCCGUCAGAAACUAUUCCCAAAGAAAUAUCAUCCCAAAUGUGGAUGUGAAUGUGACUGAUAUUCCCUGGGAGACGUGUCAGGAUGGGUGGACAUACAGCAAAGACAUUUACCAGUCCACUAUUGUUACAGAGUGGGACUUGGUAUGUGAUAACGCAUACAAGACUCCUCUGACCUCGUCCAUUCAUUAUAUUGGCGUGCUAGUGGGAAACGUUGUAUCAGGCCAGCUGUCUGACAGGUUUGGAAGGAAGCCAACACUCUUUGUCAUGAUGGCCGUUCAGAGUUUGGCGACCGUAGCACAGAUCUUCUCACCAAGCUGGGAGAUCUUCACCUUCAUUUUCUGUCUUGUGGGUGCUGGCGCAUUCUCCAACUAUACCAUUGCAUUUGUGCUAGGUUCAGAAAUUCUCAGCCCGCAAACCCGUGUGGCUUUCUGUUCCCUUGGCUGUUUUGCGGCUUCAGCCGUAGGGUACAUGUUAAUGCCCGCAGUUUCAUACUUCCUCCGUGACUGGAGAACGCUCCUGAUUGCAAUGGCCGCCGCUGGUUUCAUCUACGUUCCUCUGUGGUGGUUUCUUACGGAAUCCCCUCGCUGGCUGCUUUCUCAGGGGAGGGUAGAGGAAGCUGAGGCCAUCCUCAAAGCUGCGGCAAAGCGGAACAAAGUAGAAAUUCCCCAGCCUAUUUUUACCCCAGCUGAGGUUGCAAGUGCUUUGGCUAUGAAGGAAAACAAAGUGAAUAUCAUGGACAUUGUCAAGAGCGGCAACACUUUAUCUAUUACAUUGUUGUGUGCAAGUCUUUGGAUGAUCAUCACCAUCAGUUACUUCGCUUUAAUUCUCAACACCUCCAACCUGCACGGUGAUCCCUACUUUAACUGCUUCUUGUCUGCUGUGACGGAGGUUCCAGCAUAUCUACUAGCCUUGUUGCUGUUGCAUUACUGCUCCAGGCACCUCUGUCAGUCUUCCACACUUUUCCUCGGCGGGGUUAUGAUCCUCUGCGUUCACCUCAUUCCAAUAGCUGGUGCGGCUGUGUUUCUUGAGAUGAUGGGAAAGUUUGGAAUAACGGCCGCAUUUUGCGUGGUGUAUUCGAUCACGUCAGAGCUCUUCCCCACUGUUAUCAGGAAUACAGCGAUGGGCUGUUGCUCCAUGGCUGCACGUAUCGGGACCAUCCUUUCCCCCUUUAUCAUUUAUUUAGGAAGGUACUACAAGAUGUUGCCUUACAUAUUGAUGGGCGUCCUAGCUCUCUGUGGUGCUGCCAUCUGCUUCAUACUGCCAGAAACAUUUAGGAAACCCUUGCCAGAGACCAUAUCAGAAAUGCAGAAGAUAUGCGGGAAAACGGGAGAAAAGAACGCUGAACCUGGCGAGAAAAUGUCCAUUUGCCUGCCCAAAGAAACAAAGUUAUAGUUAUGUGGUCUAUUUGUGUGGCCCUCCUUUUGGGUUUGUUCUCUCUUUGUGUGAAAUAUCUCUAUGAAAAUGUACUGACUGUCUCACACCAUCUUCAUUAGGUUGAUUUUUUUUUUUUUUAAACUUACACAUACUGUAUGUCUAUUCAUAUUUAACUGAAUGGAAAUGUGAUGUCACUCAGCUUUUAAAAUUUGAUCAGCAUGAAUAUUGUGUAACUAGACUCAGUUUUUCACAGUUUCUAAUUUAUUCACACAUUAAUCAGUUACUAAUGUUAAUAUGUUACUAAUAUUUAAAAGUUCAGUAUUUGAUUAUCGUUUACCUUUCCAGAUAGUUAUAGCGAUGUGAACAUCAUUUUGAUGUCCUCCUUACGGUGGCAUCUCCAGCUUGAAAAGUCAAGUUGGGCACAACAGACUGCAGCUUCUCAUUUUUUGUGACGCUGACUACAACUCAAAUAUGCUCAGUAUUAAAUGCAGGGUUUCCGCUACAUGUAAAUAAAAUAAAAAUAAAAGCCAAAAAUUAAAGCCACCAUGUCUUCAGAAUUAUGAUCUUUUUUUCAAAUGUUACAAAUGUAAAUUAUAUUGUAUGAAUGGAUCCAUAUAAACAUAAAGUCUAGAUUUGUGCACAUUUACAGACCAUAAAUAUGAUAAUAUUCCUGUGGCAGGGUGGAGGAGCGGCAGCCACUCGGGCUGAUGGGACACAGGUGUGUCCCGUCAGCCUCUCCACCCUGCCUGCCUUAUAAGGCAGGGCUGGACAGCAGCAAGGUGGGGGGAGACUGAAACUGAGAAGCUGCUGGCCGUGGUGCUUGUGCACGUGUGUCCUGGGUGAUUGCAAAUAAAAGGGUUCUGCACUAAA